AUGAAGAUAUCUUUUCAAACAUUUAUGGCGGGCCUUGUGCUCGGAAUUCCAGCUGUCUGGGCCGACUUCAAACCCUUCCGCUUCUGCCAGUUGGGCGAUAUCCAACUCGGUUUCGGCCUGGAUGGAUACAAGAAUGAUACCUAUCGGAUGCACCUGGCUGCUGAGCAGGUGAAAAAGGAGGGUUUCGACUUUUGUAUCGCUGUUGGGGAUUUAACGAAUGAUCGCACCCCUGAACAAGUCCAAAGCUUCCAAAGUGUCUAUCCCGAGUUCAAUGGGCGAGUGCAUCUCCUCCCCGGGAACCACGACAUCAGCAACGUCGCUACCCUCAAGCAGUUCUCCGUCGACUAUAACGUCAGCGACCACGGUGCCUUCAGCCACAACGGCUACCGCUUCAUCAUGCUCGACUCAAUCACACUGAUGAGCAACCUCACUGAGUUUGAACCCUACACUACCCAGGAGUGGUCCUGGUUUGAAGAACAGCUUGCCGAAGCCGCGAAGGAGAAGGCGGAGAUCAUCGUCGCCCACCACCACUUGCCCUUUGAGGUCAGCGAGGAUGAGCCCGACAAUUACUGGAGCUUCCCAAACCGAGUUCGUGGCCGGUAUCUUGAUCUGAUCCGCCAGUACGGUGUGCGCCAUAUUCUCGUCGGUCAUCGACAUGAGACAAAGAAUAUUUACCCGGCCGAUAAGGCGUUUACGAUUUAUGUCGUUGCCGGUACAGCACGAUUCUUUGACAAUAAUGGGUUUGGCAUUAAUUAUUUCAAUGUCACCUCGCUGGACUCGGCGAAGAAUGUAACGCAGGAGUAUGUUCGCCUGCAGGGCGUGACGCAUAUGAAGAGGUCGCUGGGUGAGCCGAGGGGGUGUCCUGAUAUUUUUGCCCACUGAGUAUAAGUGGCCGCCUAAGAAACACAGCGUGGAAGAUGGUGAUGAGAACUGACAUUUUUUAUGGCUAAAUAAAAGGGUUGCUUUGGAGACUGUCUUAUAGUAUAUAGGUACCAUAUCUUGGCAAACAUACCAUUUGCACGACCAUAACGUUAUUGUCUAUAAGGUGGUAUCUUAGGUACUAAACAGGGUGAUAUACCAUUCAAAGGAUUCAUCAUAUAUCAUGGAUGGAUAUAUAAAGAUACUCAUAUUAUAGAUGGUUCUUUCUGAUUAAUUAGUUAUUAAG